UUAUAAUUAUAUCGUUUCUAUAUACAAUAUUAUUAUUACAUUCUGUUGUCAAAUUCGUUCAUUCAUCGACAUAUUAUUAUAGUUUCGUCUAGUGGUAGGCGUAACAGUCACAAGCCAGCAACGACAGCAGCAGCAACUCGACUUCGCUUCAUUUAUCGACCGAACAGUUGGUCUCACCACCGCUGACUUAAAGAGCAUAUUAUAGAAGUCGCUGAUAUAGAUAAUAACUAUAAUAUAGCAGCAGUCUACGCGUAAUUAGCAUCGAAAUUAAUUAAAUUAUAUAUCGAUAAUAAUUGUCGCCUUCGUCGUCAUAUAUUUUACUCGUAUACGCAUUUAAGUAGUCUAAAAUCUGUUCAGUCGUCGACAAUCACUCACAUCCGACCGACGACCGCUACUUCUGUACAGCGGUCACGCCGGAUACCAUUUACCGGAAACCGCAACGACUGGACGAGAAAAGCAGCAACAGCGACCGUGACAAUUGCGUCGAACAAAAGAAAAUCGCAGCGUUUCUGCUGCAGCACCGUUAGCAAUAGCAUACGCCAAAAUCGCCAUCACCACCACCCGCAGCCCCAGCUGCUAAAGUAUGAAACACACAGUAAAUUCGAAGGGCCGCGGCGCAAACGGCAACAACGGCAACGAUUGCGACGGCAACGUCGGAACUCAGGGGUGGCAUCAUGUCAAGGGUGGAGAAAAGCAGCUGCCGUACGACCCGUUCCAGAUGCGUGACAACUCCAACUCGACCACUGCGACCGGCGCCUUAUUACAUCUGAUAAAGAGCAGUCUCGGUUCCGGCGUCCUCGCCAUGCCGAACGCGUUCAAAAAUGGCGGGCUCAUUUUUGGCCUAUUCGGGACGGCCGCCAUCGGGGCACUGUGCGCGCACUGCAUUUACCUCCUGGUGCUGUGCUCACAAACACUGGCCCGUCGUACACGUCGUCCAGCCCUCGGAUUCGCCGACACCGCUUAUUUGGCAUUUAAGACUGGUCCGCACCGAUUUCGCGCCUGGGCCUCGUUCGCCAAAGGGUUUGUUAAUGCUGCAUUGUUUUGCACAUAUUAUUUCGGUAACUGUGUGUACGUCAUACUCGUCUCGGCGUCGUUCAAACAGGUCGCAGACAACCACACGCCUGAAGAGUGGCAUUUCUCCAUUCGCACCUGGAUCUUGGGACUCGCCUUGCCGAUUCUUCCUCUCGGCAUCAUUCGUUCACUCCGAGUGUUGGUCCCCUUCUCAGCCGUGGCGACAACAUUUAUAUUAGUCGGCUUGGGUUGCUCCAUGGUGUGGGUGGUGGUCGGUGUCAGUCCAUUUUCCAGCAAAGAAGCUGUGCUAGCAGCAGUACCAUUGCCAGAUAUGGCAUCACGCCCAUGGGUUGGCACUAUUGCACACAUGCCGCUGUUCUUUGCUACUGUUGUCUUUGCCAUGGAGGGUAUCGGCACCGUUCUACCGAUUGAGAACUCAAUGCGCCACCCAGAGCAUUUUCUCCGGGCCCGCCCGUGCGGAGUGUUGAAUGCUGCCAUGACUCUAGUCGUAUUUUUAUACUCGGUGGCUGGUUUCCUGGGAUAUUUGCGUUUCGGAAAUACCACAGAAGGUUCGAUUACGCUCAAUCUUCCCAAUGAUUUAUUUGCUGAGGCAGUUAAGAUCAUGGUCACACUGUCGAUACUCUUCUCAUAUGGCUUGCAGUUUUGUGUCCCCAGUGAGAUCGUCUGGUCUCGCUUAGGGCCUUGGCUACAUAAACGUAAAUUGGAUGCCAAAUAUUGCACUCCAACGACAGAUAAAGAAACUUCCACUGUAAGCGCCAUUGCCGGUACUAUAGUGACCAUGACCACGGUUACUUCAACAAUGAACCAUUCAACAAACAACGAGAAAAAACAGACUGAAGAAGAACUGGAUGAGCAAGAAAAGUUCGUGGACUGGGAGUAUUAUGUCAUGCGGGCCUUAAUGAUCCUGGGCACUUUUGGUAUUGCUGCUAUCGUACCCAACCUUGCCCCCAUCAUCUCUUUAUUCGGGGCAGUGUUUUUCUCCAUCCUGGGACUUUUGUGCCCGGCUGCAAUUCAUUUGGUUGUAUUUUGGAACCAUUUCAACGAUAAUGGUGACCAUAACGAGGACUCAGAUUCAGAAAACGAUUUAAGAUUUGACGGUGUCGAUAACUAUGCGAUGUUUGACGACAUGAGUAUAGAAUGUGGUGGUAUUACACAACAACAACAGGAAAGGAGGAUGAGCAGUGAUGAAUUGGGUACCAGAAAGAAGGGUAUGAGCCGAUUGACAGCUGCCAAGGACGUGGCCAUCAUUUUACUCGCUUUAUUUGCCAUGAUUUCUGGGGCAUAUGCAUCUUUGGUUGACAUAUUUCAUUCUUACGGAUCCAGUGAUAAAGUGAAUUCUACCAUCGCAAUAAUAACGACUACUAUAGGUCCGGGGCCGGAAACAGCGUAUCUGACAAAAGAAAUAAAUUAAUCGAUAUGCAUAAACACCGCGAGACACCAACCCAUACUUUACAUAAUUUUUACAACACGUGAAGAGGUGUUGUAAAGAGAUAUGUUGACUAUAUGAGUGUUAGCAUUAUAAAUUAUAGAUUAUUUCACUCGUAUAGUCUCCUUAUGUGUUUAAUAUACUUCGGACAUAAUUAUAAUAUCAUAAUUUUUUCCUAAUGGUCUAUUGUCAUAAUAUUAUUGUUAUAGGUAGGUAUUGUUAUUGACUGAUGCUAUCUGUCUUAGACCUAUUUAUUUUUAUUUUUAUUGAAAAUGUGUUAUUUUCUUCUUUUAUUUGAUCAACUCAACGUGUUGUUCUAUACAAACGCGUUGAAAACAAAAUGUACCAUCACAUAAUUUUAAAUAUCAUAGUAGGUACAUAUUUAUUAAUGUCAUUAUUAUUUCUAAAUUAUUAUAUUUUACUACUAUUUCACAUUUUCACUGUCAUAUGUUACUAAUUUUAUAAGACAUUUU